AAUAAUUGGAGAGCAGUGAAUUUUAUUUGGUGAGCCUCUGGGUUUGUUGAGAAAAGGAAAGAUUGGAGAUUAUCCUUUUUGAGUAAGAUCAGAUGACUUGUCCUCCCAUGUUUUUAACAUUUCUCCCUAACCUAAUCAUAAAAAGUGUGCCUCAUAUCUAUCGCCCGAUUCGUGAUCAAUAAUAAUCGUCCUUUGUCCCAAAUCGAUUUUGUUUUCCUAGGCUCUUCUAUUUCUAGGGUUUCUUUGAUCUGUCUCCACGACGACUUAGAUUCGUCAAGAAAUAAAAACUACUAUAGGACUAGAAAGAAAAAAAAUGUACAUCCAAGAGUUAAAGGAAGGCGAAGAAGAGAUGAGCCAAACGGAUGGAAAUGAAUCGAUUGUGGCUUGUACAAGUGAUUUAGGUGUUUGGAAUGCGAAACGUAUUCUUGUUGGAGCUGGAGGUCGCGCACUUUUCUACCCAACAUUGCUAUACAACGUUCUCAGGAACAUGAUGCAGUCAGAAUUCCGAUGGUGGGAUCUAGUCGAUGAGCAUGUUUUGCUAGGUGCUGUGCCUUUCCCCACUCAUGUUCCACGUCUCAAGGAACUUGGUGUAUAUGGCGUCGUUACCCUCAACGAGCCUUUUGAGACUUUGGUUCCCACAUCUCUCUAUCAUGCUCAUGGUAUUAACCAUCUAGAGCUUCCUACAAGGGAUUAUCUCUUUGCUCCAUCAAUCAGUGAUAUUUGCCAAGCUGUUGAUUUUAUUCACAGGAAUGCGUCAAGUGGCAAGACUACUUAUGUUCACUGCAAGGCUGGUCGGGGACGCAGCACAACCAUUGUUCUCUGUUACCUGGUGAAAUACAGGGAAAUGACACCCGAGUGUGCGUUUGAGUACAUUAGGUCCAUAAGGCCGCGGGUCAUGCUUGCUUCGGCUCAGUGGAAGGCUGUGAAGCAAUUCUACAGUUACAAUAUGGCAAGGAAGGCAAACGAAAUUGUAAAGCGAACACGUUUAGCAAGUGCAGGGCCGAAACAGGUUUUGUCAGGUUUUGAUGAUGGGUCGGUGGUGGUGGUAACAGAGUCAGAUUUGGCUGGGUAUGAUGAGCCUAUAAAAAACACAGGUGGUAAUGCUGCGUCCGUGGAUGUGUUGCCAGAGCAGAGUCUGGCUUGCAAGGUCCAGUUUGUAAGCCAAGCUGCAUUUGCAAAGAUCUCUUGCUUAUGGCUCAAGUCUUCAGGGGCCAAGCCAAGGAGACCAGUCCUUGUUGAUCAGUUGCAGAGUAUUGGUGUCAACAUCAAGGUCUGUUAAGUUUCAGACUCUGGCAAGUCAUCUCGAGGCAAAUAUCCCUCUGUACAGAAAACAUUGAAAUCUUUUUUAUUUACAACAAUGGGAAAUUGUGUUCAGAUGUCUGAAAA